AUGGACCAGGCGGAGCGAAUCCAAGCUGUUUCUAAUUUCUUGCUUCAGUCACCUCCUGGAGAGAUCAACGACGUGUUGAACGAUGUUCGUAACAUCAUCGCGGACGAUGACGCGCUCCAGGAGGGCAUUCUACCAGCGUUGAAAGAAUACAAUGUCACGCAGUUCACUACCGUCGACGUCCCUGAUACAGACCACCAGAGUAUCAUCAGUGAAGCUGCCCGAGUGCCUGGAUCCGAUCCUGACGACAAUCGAUUCUGGGAUCCUAGAUCGAAGACGUCGUUUGUGUUUGAUCAUCUAACGCUGGAAGCAUCGGAUCCGCAGCCUUAUGAACCUGAAGCCCAGCAUGAAGAGUUUAGGGACGCGUUGCAGAAGGCCGCUCUGACGUACAUUUCCUCUCAUUUCCUGGAUGGCACUGUGUCUGUGUUUCCCCCGGCGGAACCUCCUGAAGAGUUUACGGUUCAGGUUGUGGCGAACAAGUACAACCCGACGAAUUAUUGGUCGGGACGAUGGAGAUCACAGUACACUGUGGAUCUAACCAAGCGGCAGGUCAAGGGCAGCAUCCAUGUCAACGUACAUUACUACGAACAAGGAAAUGUGCAAUUAGCAGCGGACCAUAACAUCUCGUUCACGAUACCGCAAGCAGCAGCAUCCUCGCCUCCCGCCGCUGCCGCGUCCAAGAUCAUUGCACUCAUCGCCGAAGAGGAGAGUAAAUACCAGGUCUCGUUGAAUGAGAAUUACCAGGAUAUGAGCGAGCGGACGUUCAAGGGGUUGCGUCGUGCGUUGCCGUUGACGAGGCAAAAGAUUGACUGGGACAAGGUUACUGGGUACAAGCUUGGAGCAGAGUUGUCAUCUAGCAAAGGCACUUUUGGAGCAACUUCGUAG